GGCGGGGUGCUCACUUCCCCUUUCUCGGCGCUCGAGGGACUUUCCCUGCGGUGGGGGCCUUCGACAGUCAGGGCCACCCGCUCAGCUCGACUGCGGAGGGCAGUUCCGAAGGGGACCCCAAAGGUGCCCACGCGGGGCUGGGGCCUCCUGGGCGUCGUUGGGAGCGGCCACUACCAGCCUGGGUCCGAGCUGUCAGCCUCUCCGAAGACUGCGCGGAAGGAGCCGGGACACGCCUAGGACGGGCUUCAGGUGGCUCACCACGUCCACGACCAGAUCCGCCUCUAAACUGGAAUUUGGUUGCUGACCCAGCCCCAGCUUCGGCUGUCUUGUCAGCACCAGGGGGCACAGAACACUGUCUCAGUUGCCGGUGUUCAGCUGCCUACUUUCUGCCUGGAUCUCUGGCUCCUCAUUUCUCCAGUCUCCUCAGACCAAAGCCCUCGGGAUAUGCAGCAGCCAUGCCUGUGGACACGCUGAGCCCUGGAGCCCCGGCCGCCCCCGCCCUACCUUGCCGCCUUCGGACCAAGAUCCCUGGCUACCUGCUACGGAGGCCGGCAGAUGGUGGAGUUCGGAAACCGAGUGCUGUGGAGCGCCUGGAAGCCGACAAGGCCAAGUACGUCAAGAGCCUGCAUGUGGCCAACACCCGCCAGGAACCGGUGCAGCCCCUGCUGUCCAAACAGCCACUUUUUAGCCCUGAGACUCGCCGCACAGUGCUCACGCCCAGCCGCCGAGCCCUGCCUGGCCCCUGCCGACGGCCCCAGCUGGACCUGGACAUCCUCAGCAGCCUCAUCAACUUGUGUGAUAGUCCCGUGUCCCCUGCCGAGGCCAGCCGUACUCCUGGACGGGCAGAGGGAGCCGGCCAACCUCCCCCAGCCACCCCUCCACGACCGCCGCCCAGUACCUCUGCGGUCCGCCGAGUGGACGUCCGCCCCCUGCCUGCCUCGCCAGCCCGGCUCUGCCCAUCACCGGGUCCUGCCGCCGCCUCCAGUCCAGCCCGGCCACCGGGUUUGCAACGCUCUAAGUCGGACUUGAGCGAGCGCUUUUCUAGGGCAGCUGCUGACCUUGAGCGCUUUUUUAACUUCUGCGGCCUGGACCCGGAGGAGGCAAGAGGGUUGGGUGUGGCCCACCUGGCACGGGCCAGCUCGGAUAUCGUGUCCCUGGCAGGGCCCAGUGCUGGGCCGGGCAGCUCUGAAGGGGGCUGCUCCCGCCGCAGCUCGGUUACUGUUGAGGAGCGGGCCCGGGAGCGCGUUCCCUAUGGCGUGUCGGUGGUGGAGCGCAAUGCGCGCGUGAUCAAGUGGCUGUAUGGGUUAAGGCAGGCACGGGAGAGCCCAGCAGCUGAAGGCUAGACGCCACUGGGGAAUUUGCCACAGAACAGAUCAAGUGGUCCCUGGACCUCUCUUGCAUCCAUUCUCUGGAUGGCCAUGUCAGAGGCUCCACCCUGGUGUGAACUUGGUGUGGAGGCAAAGGCUUAGAGGCUGGACCAGCAUUCUUAGGCAAGGACUGACUCUGGGAGGGUUUUGCUCUUGACUUUGGACACUUGAGAACCCCCUCCCCCCAUCCCAAUACAAGGUUUUUGACAUGAGUGUACUCCUGCUUAGUUCCUCUUGUGGGCCUGCAUUUGGGGUGCUUUGCCCUCCCCACUGAGAGUGAGGGGCCAAGGGAUCUCCUCAAUCUUGUCUCCCCAGCGACUCUGUUUCCUCCUUCCUUCCUUGGCCUCUGUCAUUUGCUGACUUCCUCUUCCUUACCCAGCGGAACUCACCCUGGGGUCAGGGCAGUGGGGAGGGGCCUAUCCACUGCUCUUCCUAGUCCUUGGCAGCUGGCCUAGGUGGGCAGACUAUAGGAGGGACUGGUUAGGAGUCUGCAUUGCUUUGACUUCCCUCCCCUUGGUUAAUAAACACAAAUGCUUGUUUCUCGAGG